CCCCAGUGCGCAGGCGCUGAUGUCAUGCUGAGCGCUGCGUCCCCUGCGGUGGCUCGCGCCGCACUCCGGUUUUCGUGUCGCCCGGGACCGCUCGGGGCUCGAGUCGCCGCAGCUGCUAUGUCUCUGCCGCCGCAGACCGCUUCGGGCUCCCCAAUUUUGCCCGCCACUGUGCUGGGCACCAUGGAAAUGGGGCGCCGCAUGGACCCGCCCGCCAGUGCCGCGGCCGUGCGCGCCUUCCUGGAGCGCGGCCACGACGAGCUGGACACGGCCUACAUGUACAGCGACGGCCAAUCCGAGAGCAUCCUGGGCGGCCUGGGGCUCGGGCUGGGCAGCAGCGACGGCAGAGUGAAAAUCGCUACCAAGGCCAAUCCCUGGGAAGGGAAGUCGCUGAAGCCUGACAGUCUCCGGUCCCAGCUGGAGACAUCCCUGAAACGAUUGCAGUGUCCCCGGGUGGACCUCUUCUACCUACAUGCACCAGACCAUGACACCCCUGUGGAAGAGACACUGCGUGCCUGCCACCAGCUACACCAGGAGGGCAAGUUUGUCGAGCUUGGCCUCUCCAAUUACGCCUCCUGGGAGGUGGCCGAGAUAUGUACCCUCUGCAAGAGCAAUGGCUGGGUCCUGCCCACCGUAUACCAGGGCAUGUACAACGCCACCACCAGGCAGGUGGAAGUGGAGCUCUUCCCCUGCCUCAGGCACUUUGGACUGAGGUUCUACGCCUACAACCCUUUGGCUGGGGGCCUGCUGACUGGCAAGUACAGGUAUGAGGACAAGGACGGGAAGCAACCUGUGGGCCGCUUCUUUGGGAAUAGCUGGGCUGAGACCUACAGGAAUCGCUUCUGGAAGGAGCACCAUUUCGAGGCCAUUGCCCUGGUAGAGAGGGCCCUGCAGGCUACUUACGGCGCCCGCGCCCCCAGCACGACUUCAGCUGCCCUGCGAUGGAUGUACCACCACUCGCAGCUCCAGGGUGCUCACGGGGAUGCGGUCAUCCUAGGCAUGUCCAGCCUGGAGCAGCUGGCACAGAACCUGGCAGCAACGGAGGAAGGGCCCCUGGAGCCAGCCAUCGUGCAGGCCUUUGAUCAAGCCUGGCACCUCAUUGCCCAUGAAUGUCCCAAGUACUUCCGCUAGGCCUCAACACGCCUCAGCCUGCCAAAGGUUUCUUUCUUAUCUUUUUUGCCACCUUUCCUCUUCUCUCACCCUGGCCGGUCUUUGCUUUAAGCUCAUUUAGUGUGGUCUUUCUUGAUUGUCUGGAUGUAAGCAUAUUUUUCUAGAUUCCUGUCUGGCUCCCAGUUGACUUCAAAGGCUGUGGCUAAGCCCUACUUUGGCAAUUCUGGUCUGAAUAAAGCAGGCCUUGACCUGGCUGUAGCCCAGGCCCUGAGUAAGCCCCACAAA